AUGAAUGCCUGUACAAGCGUCGAAGCUCCGGUCGGAAAGUUACUCUCUAAAUUUUCUUCGUUCAUCGAUACGUACAACAACUCCCUUGAUGGUCUGCUAUCGCAGAUUUCAACUCUUCGACGGGAAUUGCUUACAGAGGCAGAAGGCGACAGCGAAAUCACCGUGGCAGCGGUGCUAAUUUGGGAGCACUGCCUGAGGAAGGUCCGGGAGGUGUUCGGUCGUCUGAGCAUGGAACACCGCGAGAUGCACGGAUGUGUCUCGAAAUGCGGAAGAGAAAUCGAUCACCAUUUCGUUGACGACUUCAGCAGCGUAUGCCAAAAGAACUGCGACUACGAAUGUGAUCCGUCGUUGAGAUGGCAGGUCGACACAUUGAUCGCAAAACAUUUCUUGACCGUUGGCCGAAUAGAGAUAUCAGAGCUGUUGUGUAAAGAGUCGCACGUACUAAUGAACGAGUCUAACAAAUUCUUAUGGGCUCAAGCGCAUAAAGAUUUACUAGAACGGAUGAAUAGCCAGCUUCUCUUUAACCUGCACAAGAUGAAGUUCAUAGAGAUUCUUCGAUUGGGUAUUUCACAUCAAUCAGAGGCUUUAAAAGAGGCGAAGGUCUUCCAGUAUUUCAUGGAGAAAAAUAGAACAGUGGUUUUUUUCUUGAUAGAAGUAGAAACUUUGAUGGGUAGCUUACUGUUCCUUCGAAACGGCUACAAAGAUUCGCCGUAUGCAGAGCUGUUCUCUGACGCACCGUGGAGCAAGCUUUGUGACAUGCUGUCUCAUGACUGGUGUACGAUUUACAACGUACCGGUGAACAGUCCGCUGAGCAUACUUCUAGAAGCCGGCACCCGCGCUGUUCCCGCAUUGCUUAACAUCCAACAGGUGAUGCAGCAACGCCGUGUAUCAAAUAUCUGGGGUCACAGCGACGAGCUUCCAGUAAGUAUAUUCAUAAUCAGUUUCCUUCUUGCUGAUUGCUUAUCAUUUUUUCUUAAGAUCGAGAUUAACCUUGGACCUCAGAACUGUUACCACUCCGUCUUUUGUUGUCCGAUCCUACGUCAGCAGACGACGGAUCAGAAUCCCCCAAUGCGGCUUAACUGUGGACACGUCAUUUCAAGGGAAGCGCUCAUUAAGUUGGUAACGAAUAACAAGCUGAAGUGUCCUUAUUGUCCUCAGGAAUCGCUCAUAUCCGAAGCCAGAUUGAUUUAUUUUUGAGU